AUGGGUGACGGAAAGGAGGAGUUUAUCAAACCGGCUGUUGCGAGCGUGAACGCAGAAUGGGUUGGUUCCAGAGCUGAUGCAAGCGACGAAGAAGAAACGCCUUGCAUUGCAGAAGAAGUGAAGUACGAGUCCAUGAUGAAAGAGAAGACGAGGACAAGCAAGUGUACAAUACUCUACUUGCACGGAGGAGGCUACUACAUGUGCGGUCUAGGCACACAUCAUGCGACCGCAGGCAAACUGGCAAAAGCUUGUGGUGGACGCGUGCUAUUGAUCGAGUACAGACUGGCACCACAGACAGCGUUUCCAGGUCAGUUGAUCGAUGUCCUAAGCGCGUAUUUAUAUCUGCUAUAUCCUCCCAAAGGCUCCUUGCAUGACGCAGUAUCCCCAAACGAUAUAGUCUUCGCAGGGGACUCUUCUGGAGGAAAUCUGGUGGCUUCACUAAUGCAACUGCUCCUCCACAUGCAGCGCAACAAACCUACUGGAGCAAAGAAUCCUACAGUUAUCUAUCAUGGGAAUACUGUCGAGGUGCCACUUCCCGCUGGAAUGGCGACCUUAUCUGGAUGGUUCGACAUUACAAAAUCCAUGCCUUCCGUCACAACAAACCAAAAAUGGGACUACCUUGUUUCACCCAACUACGACAAUGCCGUAUCACGGCUUCCAAAAGAUGUUAUUUGGCCAACCAACCCACUAAGAGGCGACAUCUUCUGCAAUCUCAGUCUUCUGUGUCAUCCCCUUGUAUCCCCACUCGCUGCAAAAGACUUGUCUGGAGCUCCACCAAUGUUCUUUAUGACCGGCGAAGAGCUUCUGACCGACGGAAACAAGAUUCUUGCGGUCAGAGCUGGUGAUCAAGGUGUUACAGUUGUUAGGGAGCAGUAUGAAGCCAUGCCGCAUGUAUUUGCCAUGAUCUUUCCUGAUCUGAAGACCAGGAUCAGAUGCUUCAGUUCCAUGGGAUGCUUUGCUCAGAACUGUGUCGAAGGUAAUGUCAAGGAUAGCGCUACUUGGAUCGCUAUCAUUUCAGGCAAGGAAUCAGCUGUUGAAAUGGGCAAUUUGACACACCUGACGUGGGAGUAUGCUUUAGCUAGCAUGAAAAAUGCUCAACUUAGACGCAUGAAAAACCCAGAAGCUAAAAAUAGAACCACCGAGAAGGCCUAA